AUGAUGACCACAUCUGCGCUACAGCUUCCCUGCCAGUUGUAUUCCUCACGAUUUAGUUCUGAUCGUGCCCAGCAGUUGGUAGGACUUGGUGGGAAAGAUGGUGCCAUUUAUGUAUAUCCAUUUGAAGAAUAUACUCAAAUCGCACGUUUAGAAGGUGAUGCUUCUCCUUUAACAUCGCUUGUUUUUGAUAUGCAUCAGCGAUCUGUAGUGGGGGGAAGUGAUCGUGGUAAGAUUUCUUUAUGGGAUAUUAGCACAGAAAAAUUUAUUCGAUCAUUCGGAGAAGGUCACAAAUCAACUGUGACUGAUAUGGACUACCACCGCUGCACUGACUUUAUCGCUACCUGUUCACGGGACAGAAGUCUUCGCAUUUGGGAUACGCGGAAGAAGUCAUGUUUACAAUCUUAUAAAGGAGCCUCUGCAGCAUUGUGUGCCACUCGAUUUACUCCAAAUGGUCGUUGGGCAGUCAGUGGUUGUGCGGAAGGAGUGAUUCGUUUAUACGAUUUGGUAUCUGGAAAAGAGUUAAGGGAGUUUCAGGCUCAUAAUGGGGCUAUCACAUCCAUUCAUUUUCAUCCUGAGCAGUAUUAUAUGGCGGUAGGUAGUAGUGAUGGAUCAGUUUCUUUAUGGGAAAUGGAAAAUUUCACAAAAGUCUUUCAAAGUGGUCAAUUAGACACCCCAAUUGAUGCCGUACAUCUCUUUGGAAAAAAAAUGCUUGUGGCGGCUGAUCAUCUUUUACGCGUGUAUGACUUUGGUCAGAUGAGUGAUAGUACGGCAUCUAGUAUAGAAUCACCAUGGAAUAUAAUAGGAGAUUUAACCUAUUCUUCCAUUCAUGAUGAAGCAUGGUUUGUUGAGUUCAGCGGGUCAACUGCACAUAUGGGACGUCUUUCCCUUACUCAACAAAAGGGUGCACCUCAAGUUGCCAGUUCCACAGCAUCAUCAUCUUUAAAACAACAACAACAACAACAAAUUCAGAAGCCGAGGCAACAACAACCACAAGAACAAGAACAUCGUCCUAUCAUUGAGUCAAAGAACGUGAAACCUUUGGUCCCUACCUCACCUCCGCUACAAAACCAGAAAAAUGUGUGCAACACAAUUAAUCCGGUGGAUAUUGUUAAGAAUUCUUAUGAAUCUCCUAUUGAUGAUCUACUAAGUUCAAGUGCGACAAUGCUUUCUAUUUUACAGAGACGAUUAACACACAUUCGUGUGGUUCGUUCACUUUGGGUUCGGGAUCCCAAGGAAGCGUUAGAGUACAUUAAGCGACUCUGUGUUGAAGAGUCUGAGAUUGGUGUGGUAACAGAUUUUCUAGUGGCGAUGCAAAAUAUGCGUAUGAAGGAACGCAUUAAGAUUAAUACCCUUCCAGAUUUAUUAGACAUACUCUUAUAUGCUUUAAAGAAUGAGCAAGAGAGUCUCUUAUUAAAUGGUUUGAAAGUUUUUGGAAGCAUGAACAGUAGAUUUCGUGCUCAAAUGGAUGAAGCACGUAGAUUUGCUGCAUCUUUUCGAAACGUAGAUCCUGGUGCUCAAAAAUCUAUAAUGCAACAAUACCAUGAGGUUAGUCUAAAGUUUGACGAUGUCGCCCUUCUUGUUUACGAACUUAAAGAUAAAAAGGGAGCUGUUGGUGAGCUGGCCCGUGAAGUCUUAAAUGAACUUCCUCCUGUUUCAAAAAUUCUGUAG